GAGUGUCUGGCUAUAUAAUUUGAUUUCAGCAAAACCUUGAGUAUCACUUAAUUCCUAACGAAAUUAUCGAGUAUUUUUUUCACAAACCCAUAAAAUUGUUUAAGUUAUGGCGGAGGAAGUGAAGAAGCAAGCUGAAGCUGAAACGACGGCGGCUCCACCGCCGGCAGUGGAGGUUCCAAAAGCUGAAUCUGAGGAAAAAACUGUAUCUCCACCGCCAGCAGAGGAGAAACCUGAAGAGUCCAAAGCUCUUGUUGUAGUUGAGAAGGCUCCAGAGCCUGAACCAAAGAAAAUCUCAGGAGGAUCACAUGAUAGAGAUAUUUCCCUUGCAGAGGUUGAAAAGGCAAAAAGGUUGUCAUUCAUCAAGGCAUGGGAAGAAAGUGAAAAGACCAAAGCAGAGAAUAAGUCCCAGAAAAAGCUCUCUGCUAUUGUAGCAUGGGAGAACAGCAAGAAAGCAUCUCUGGAAGCAAAACUGAAAAAAAUUGAGGAACAAUUGGAAAAGAAGAAAGCAGAAUGUGCAGAGAAAAUGAAAAACAAGGUAGCUUUGCUUCACAAGGAAGCAGAAGAAAAGAGGGCUAUGGUUGAAGCCAAACGAGGAGAAGAGGUUCUCAAGGCGGAGGAAAUGGCUGCAAAAUACCGUGCAACCGGACAAACUCCAAAAAAGGUCCUUGGGUGUUUCUGAAGUUCAAAAGUUUGGGGUCUGAGGUUGAAGCAAAUGUGAAUUUUGACUGUUGUUUGAAGCUUCCCGUUUUUCAUCUGUAUAUUUCUUGUCGGUUUCUAUGUUUGUUUUGUGUGUAAACAGUGUGUAACAUCACAAAUAUUUAAUCUACCAUCGUAUUCGUUGAUUGA